AUGGCAGCGUGUCAACAGAAGUCAGUCACAACAGAAGAAUCGAUAAAACAAGGUAGGGCUCAGAUGCCGGAUCCAAAAACUUACAAGCAGCAUUUCGAAAAUAAACAUCCAAAGCACACAAUCCCUGACGACCUUAAAGAUGUAUAA